GGAAACGAGCAGCUGGAACCCUCAAAGCGGCAGCAGAGCUCUGGGCCCUGCAGCAUGAAUGAGAAAUCAGAUUUUUAGAAUUGAGGUUCUAUGAUGCCUGAUCAAGAUGAAAAAGGGAAAAAAAAUGACAAGACACGUGAUAACAAAAUCCAAGGAACUACAGCAAGGAAAAACUUUGAUGUUAAAAAACUUUGGUCUCUUUUACAUGUCCAGGGAAACAAACAUGAGCUUCCAGCCUUAAAAGUCAACAGUUCUUCAAAUACUCAGUCGAAGUUAGGAAAAACGAAUGAACUCAAAAGCCGGAGUCAAUGGCAGGAAUCAACCGAAGCUGUUGAACUUGAAAAAUUCAGUGUAAACUACAAGAAUGAAAGAAAUUUCUGUCAACAUUCACAGCACAGCUUGUUUCUUGAUAUCUUCAAUGCACUGAUAAAGAACCGGCUGGCAUGCAGUGCAUGGGUUUCCAGAGCACCAUCAAUUCACUUGCUGCGUGUGCUAAUCUGUCUGAGGUUAUUAAUGCGUGAUCCAUUUUAUCAGGGUACUCUUCACCAAAUGAAUGGAGUUGAUGUUCUUGCUCAGUUUAUGGAGACAACAUGUGAUACAUAUCUUUUGUAUGGAGAAGAGGAUUUUAAUGUUGACAAACUAGUCAAUUUGACUUAUAUUUUUCAAAAAUUGGCUGCUGUCAAAGACCAGAGGGACUGGGUAAUAGCAAGUGGAGCACACACAACUCUGGUAAAGUUAUUAGCUGCUAGAAACAGCAAUGUGCUGCUGGGAGCGGUACUCGCUCUUACAAGUCUAGCAGAAAGUACAGAAUGUCGGGAGAAGAUAAGUGAGCUCAGUAUUGUUGAAAGCCUAAUGAUGAUACUGCACGAAUAUGAUCUACUAUCCAAAAGACUUGCAGCAGAACUGCUACGACUUCUCUGUUCUGAGUCAGAUGUAAAAAAACAAGUGAAGAUCUAUGAUGGUGUCCCUACUCUACUCAGUUUGCUGCACUCUGAUCAUCUAAAGUUGCUGCGGAGUGUUGUCUGGAUAUUGGUUCAAAUUUGUGAGGAUCCUGAAAUAAGUUUUGAAAUCCGAACAUGGGGAGGAAUCAAACAGCUACUCCAUAUAUUGAAAGGGGAGCAGUACCUUGUGUCUGACCGUUCCUCCAUUGGUAGCUUGUCCAGUGCGAAUGCAGCUGGCCGCCUCCGCCAUCAUUACUUAUCAGAAGAUCUGAGUCCAAGGGAAAUACAAGAGAAUACACUUUCACUUCAAGCAGCCUGCUGCGCAGCUCUUACUGAACUUGUACUAAAUGACACAACUGCUUACCAUGUAGUACAGGAAAAUGGCGUUUACAUUAUCGGAAAGUUGAUUUUACCAAGUAAACAAAAUGAUUGCAUUAGAAAUAAAGCUGCUUCUCUACAGUGUUAUGCUUUCAGAGCAUUACGAUUUAUUUUUAGCAUGGAACGGAACAGAGAUCUUUUCAAAAGGUUUUUUCCUCCGGACCUUUUUGAGAUUUUUAUUGAUAUUGGACAUUACAUCCGAGAUAUCAACUGUUAUGAAGAACUAGUGUCUAAAUUAAAUUCACUGCCUGAAGAUGAGCUAAAACAGAUUGCUGAUAAUAUAGAAGGAAUCAAUCAGAAUAAAUCACCUACAAAAUUUAUUGGAAACUAUGCUAUUUUAGAUCACCUUGGGAGUGGAGCUUUUGGAAGUGUAUACAAGGUCAGAAAACGCAGCGGACAAAUUCUCUUUGCAAUGAAGGAGAUUAAUUUACACAAUCCGGCUUUUGGAAAAGACAAAAAAGACCGUGAUAACAAUGCAGAGAACAUUGUUUCUGAGCUGUCAAUAAUCAAGGAACAACUGUGCCACCCAAAUAUAGUGCGGUACUAUAGAACGUUUUUAGAAAAUGACAAUCUAUAUGUUGUUAUGGAACUCAUUGAAGGAGCUCCUCUUGGAGAGCACUUUAAAUCUCUGAAGGAGAAGAAGCAGUAUUUUAUAGAAGAACGGCUUUGGAACAUAUUCAUACAGCUGUGUUUAGCACUGAGGUAUUUGCACAAGGAAAAAAGAAUUGUCCACAGAGAUUUAUCACCUAACAAUAUAAUGCUUGGAGAAAGAGAUAAAGUUACAGUUACUGACUUUGGCCUUGCUAAACAGAAGCAAGAAAACAGCAAACUUACUUCAAUUGUGGGGACAAUCCUUUACUCCUGCCCAGAAGUUGUUAAAAGUGAGCCGUAUGGCGAGAAGGCAGAUGUCUGGGCUGCAGGAUGUAUUCUGUAUCAGAUGGCAACUCUGAACCCACCAUUCCACAGUACGAACAUGCUAUCAUUAGCCACUAAAAUAGUGGAAGCUGUGUAUGCACCUGUACCAGAUGGGCUCUAUUCUGAAAAAGUUAAAAACACUAUUGCAAGGUGUUUGACAUCAGAUGCAGAGCUUCGUCCUGACAUUGUAGAAGUGUGCUCAUUGCUAUCAGAUGCCAUGAUGAAAUAUAUUGACAGUGUAUCUACCGGUCAGCUCGCAAUAGAGAAAAAAUUGGAGCGAGAAAGAAAACGUGCUCAGAAAUAUUUUAAAGAAGUUAACAAACAUUCGGUGACAUAUCAACAAUUAAGCAAUGUACCACAUGAGCGCAACAAGAAAUCAAGUGGCAGUCCCAGCAUCAGCAGCAUAAGUAGCUGCAGGAGUGACUUUUCUGAGAGUGACACUAUUUCUAUGGAGAUGUUACGAUCUGGCAAGAAAAAUAAGGUGUCGGAUGUAUUAUUUCCAGAUCAUAGUUACACCCUAGAUGGCAAUUCAAAAGAUAUCUUUUCUGAACUUUAUGAUGAAUUGAAUACUUCUGAUCUCUCCAACAGUCCUAGCUCUUGUUAUUUUAAAGAAAUUCCCACGGGUUCAUUGAAACGAAGUGUCAGUGCUUCUGGAGUAGAACUUCCUCAAGUAAGAGAUCGUACUGGAAGCACUGGAUCUCGUCCAAGGCCAGCAUCUGCAGGGAUUGCAGUCUCGCAGAGAAAGGUGCGUCAAAUCAGUGAUCCUAUUCAGCAGAUCCUAAUACAACUCCAUAAGGUUAUUUACAUCACACAGCUCCCCCCAGCUUUACAUGAUAACAUGAAAAGGAGAAUAAUUGAAAGAUACAAAAAGUCUCUUUUCAGUCUGAAAAGUAACCCAUGUAACUUGAAAGCAGAAAUCAACAAGGUUUUACAGGGAUCCCGAGAGUUUAUUGAGUUUUUCACUGCCGACAUCCAUGGAUUGCUUCAGUCAUUUGGUGGGACAUCUUCAAUGAGUGAUGACAGGACAGGCAAUUCUAAUGGCUCUGAAUUUGAUGAAGGAAUAACCUAUGAACAAUUACAGACUAUGAUAGAAGAUGUUCUGGAAGACAGCGGCUACUAUAAGCUAUCGUCCAACAGAACUCCUUGCGAUCUGUGAGGUAUAUUACCAAGUUCAUUAUGGACCAUUUUGGAUUUGUGCCACAAUCAAGAUGCCUAUAUAAACGGGUUGUGUGUGGACACGAGAAGCACCUUAUACAGCCAUGGUGGAAAUACAGAUCACCUAGGAAGGGGAAGAACCAAAACCAAAACCUGGAAGGCUUCAUUGCUGCAAUUUUUUUUACCAACCACUUUGGUUCACAGACUGUAGCCCCUACUUUAACUGCUUUAGAGGCAUUUA